AUGGUUCAGGAGAUCUGGAAAGGACUCCUGGCAAGUGUGGACCAUCUGCAUGGUUCUCAGCACACCCUCUGUAUCUCUGUCUGGCUUGUGCCUAAUCCCCCGCCUCUUGUCACCCCACACAGGCACCUUCCUGUCCACAGUUCCACCUUCUCCCCAAGGAAUGUAGUGCUCCUGCUGCUUCUCUCUCUCUCUUUGGAGGAGACAUCUUCAUCGCCAAUGAAAAGAGUCAAAGAGAAACCAGGAGUGUGCCCCCAUGAGAGGAUCACCUGUGAAACUAAAGUUCCAGAUUGGUGCCAAACUGAUGGGCACUGCGCGGAACAGAUGAAGUGCUGCUCAUUUGCCUGUGGGAAGAAGUGCAUGGAUCCACUCCAAGAACCCUGCAUGCUACCCUCAGAGCAAGGAAACUGUAACAGUAAUAUCAUGCACUGGUAUUUUGACAAUAAACAUCACCUCUGCAAACCCUUUACCUAUGGAGGCUGCUAUGGGAAUGCUAACAACUUCAUCAGCAAGGAACACUGCAUAAUGGCUUGCACAUUAAUUGUCAAGAAAGGACAUUGCCCACUCUUCCCUUUCAAGAACCGUAUGGAAUGUUCAUCUCUGUGUAAGAGUGACAUCGAUUGCCCCCAAAGGGACAAAUGUUGUGAAUCCAUGUGUGGCUUUGUUUGUGCCAUGGCCUGGACAGCCAAAUCAGGUUUCUGCCCACACAAGCCUGUGGUGUGUUCCAUAUUUGAUAGACCCAAGUGCCUUCAGGAUAAUGAUUGCCCAGUGUCACAGAAGUGCUGUUCACAUUGUGGACUGAAGUGCCUGGAACCUCAAAAAUGAAUAGUAAGUGGAAACCUUGCCAAGCUGUCUUAAGAAGUAUAACAAUAUUUUAUUCCAUU